UGGCCAUUCGCGAAUCAUCCAUUCAUUCAAUAUCACGCUAACUUCCUCGUAUCAGUUGCCAAAAACGUCACGUGACGUCAUAUCUAGCGCGAUUCAGUGAUACACGUUCAAUGCCACAACUCAGUCGUGUUUUGUGUUUAUUUAGUGUUAUGUGAUUAAAUACGGGAAUAAAUUAAUGCUUCGUCAAAACUGAUAUUCGUUAUCUGUGGAACAAAUGUGUGCAAUGCCCGUGAGUUUUUCCAGUGCAAAUUUUGUUUGGAGGUGAAUAGUGUGAUACGUUAUAAAGAAUGGACUUCGUGAUCGGAGGUCUGGCGGGCGCCGGGGCGACCAUCGUCACAAACCCGAUGGACGUCAUCAAAACCAGACUGCAACUGCAAGGAGAGCUGAAAGCGAAGAGUGAGCAGACUACGCGGUACCGGGGCAUAUUCCACGCCCUAUACGUGAUAGCAAGAGCCGAUGGAGCCCUGGCUCUGCAGAAAGGCCUGGCUCCGGCCAUGGUGUUGGGAUUCACCAUGAAUUCUGUAAGAUUAGGCAUGUACCACAUAGCAGAAGUCCAAGGAUGGACUAAGAACAAAGAUGGCGACAUCAGUAUAAACAAAGCGAUAUUCUGGGCAAGUGCCAGCGGAGUGAUGAGCGGCAUAGCUGCCAACCCUGCAUCAGUAGUGAAGACCAGGAUACAAGCUGCAGCGCAUCCUAGUAUAGCAGUAGGAAGGCAGCAUAGAUAUAACGGAAUGUUCGAUGGUAUAGCGACCAUCUACAAGACUGAAGGCAUGAAAGGUUUCUUCGCUGGAGUCACAGCGACGUGUACCAGGCUAGCUGUCGGUAGCGCAGCACAGCUUACCACAUUUUCCGCCGCAAAAGAGAGGUUACUGGCGCAAGGCAUAUGCACAGACUCGCAAGUCGGUCUUGCAUUCUGCGCGAGCGCAAUAAGCGGGGUGGUCGUCGCGCUGGUCAUUUGCCCCCUCGACGUUACCACCGUCCGCCUUUACAACCAGGGAUCGGGUGCUCAAGGAGGUCUUCUAUAUACAGGGAUCCUAGAUUGCCUAACGAAGAUAUACAAAAAAGAAGGCCUAUACGGCUUGUACAAAGGUCUUGGACCUUUAUAUUUGAGAAUAGCACCCCACACCACACUGUCUCUGGUUAUAUGGGACAUGUUAAAUAAUAUAUUGUUACAUAAAAAAAGUUGAAGCUAA